CUAUUUUUGUGGUUGCAUAACUCUACUAUUAAUACAGGCUUUAAUGAAAGAAUUUGUGAAUCUUUAAUGAAUGGUCCUCAUUGUGUGGUUGAUAUGGGUUUUGAAAAUCUUAUGGAAGAACGAGAGGUGAAGAACACAAUAUCACAACUAAUUAAUGCUUGUUCUCAUAAUAAACACUGUGCUGAGCCAUUUCAUUUAACAUUUACUGAUUUGGAAAAAGACAAAUAUUCUCAUAUUCAACUUUCACAUUACCUUCCAAAAUGUUAUAUUAAAACUGAAGCUAAUUUUAUGGAUAUUUUUCCAUCUGAAAAUCUCAUAUAUCUCACACCAGAUUCUCCUAAUGAAAUGAAGGUUUACGAUCCAGAAGCAAUAUAUAUUAUUGGUGGUAUGGUUGAUCUCAGUUCACGAGGUGCUGUAACUUUAGCUAAAGCCAAAAAGUUACAAAUAAGAACUGCAAGAUUUCCAAUUGAUCGCUAUUUAUUAUGGGAGAAAGGCAGUAAAUAUUUAACAUUAAAUCAAGUAUUUAGUAUUUUACAUACUAUCAAAGAUAGUGGUGAUUGGCUUCAAGCAUUUAGACACAUACCUCAAAGAAAA